UAUAUAAGCAGAGUAAGCUAAGUGAAGUGCCCUGCUGGAAACAAAGAAGUUAAGGGCUUCAGAAAUGGAUCCUGAAACUGAUAGACAGGAGCAUGGACAUGCAAAAAGAGCUGGUGCGAAACUGCAGCGUCAUGACUCGCUAUAUGGGGAUGCAGAGAAAGUAUCAGGUGCACAACACCAUGGCCACGAGGACAGCUGGGUUCGGACAUUACGUCUAGCAUUCCAGUGCAUUGGGGUGAUAUACGGCGACAUCGGCACCUCACCGCUCUACGUGUACGCAGGCACUUUCACGAGUGGCAUCGGCAACAUCGACGACCUCUAUGGAACCUUGUCACUCAUUCUUUACAGCAUAAUUCUUCUGCCCAUGAUUAAGUACGUCUUUAUUGUGCUGUAUGCAAAUGACAAUGGGGAUGGUGGCACCUUUGCACUUUAUUCAUUGAUAUCGCGCUAUGCAAAAGUGAGCUUGAUUCCGAAUCAGCAAGCUGAAGAUGCAAUGGUAUCAGGCUAUGGUUUGGAUACAGUAUCAGCUCCAAUGAAAAGAGCACAGUGGGUCAAAAAAAUUCUGGAGAGCAAUACAAUGGCUAAGGUUGCAAUUUUCCUUCUUACAAUCCUGGGAACAUCAAUGGUCAUCAGUGAUGGUGUUUUAACACCAGCAAUAUCUGUACUCUCUGCGGUGAGUGGUCUCCAAGAGAAAGCACCUCAGUUAAAACAAGGCCAAAUAGUGUGGAUUUCCGUGGCCAUUCUAGUGGUGCUCUUCUCUGUUCAGCGUUUCGGCACAGACAAAGUUGGCUAUUCCUUUGCACCCAUUAUUCUUCUGUGGUUCAUGUUCAUCGGUGGUAUUGGGCUUUACAACUUGAUCAAGUAUGAUGUUGGCGUCCUGAGAGCUUUCUAUCCAAAAUACAUCAUAGAUUACUUCAGAAGGAAUGGAAAAGAUGCAUGGAUCUCCCUUGGAGGCAUCCUCUUAUGCUUCACAGGCACAGAAGCUAUGUUUGCUGAUUUAGGCCAUUUCAACAUAAGGUCGGUUCAGCUAAGCUUCAGCUUCGUUUUAUUCCCAGCAGUAUCACUAGCCUAUAUUGGCCAAACUGCAUUCCUUCGGAAACACCCAGAGCAUGUUUCAGAUACUUUUUACAAGUCAAUCCCAGCACCGCUGUUCUGGCCGACCCUGAUAAUUGCUGUAUCUGCUGCGAUCAUCGCAAGCCAGGCUAUGAUAUCCGGUACCUUUGCGAUCAUUUCACAGUCGCAGACGCUGGGUUGCUUUCCAAGGGUCAAAGUACUCCACACAUCAAAGAUUUAUGAGGGUCAGGUUUACGUUCCAGAGAUAAACUUUGCCCUUGGGUUGCUCUGCGUGAUAGUAACUCUUGGCUUCCAGACGACGACUAAUAUUGGCAACGCAUAUGGAAUUUGUGUUACCAGUGUGAUGGUAAUCACAACUAUUCUGCUGGUAAUUGUGAUGCUUCUCAUAUGGAGGGUCAGUGUUUGGCUCAUCAUACCAUUCUGCCUGGUAUUUGGUUCUAUAGAGCUUGUGUUUCUCUCCUCGGUUCUUUACAAAUUCAAAGACGGAGGUUACCUGCCUAUUGUCACUGCGGCGGUUCUGGUGUCAAUGAUGGCUACCUGGCACUAUGUUCACGCCAAGAAAUAUCAGUAUGAGCUCGAGCACAUAGUUACAAAUGGAGACAUGAUAGAGCUGAUAGAGAAACAUGAUGUGAAACGAACCAGUGGUGUAGGCUUCCUUUAUACAGAGCUAGUACAAGGGAUUUCCCCAAUAUUCCCCCACCUCAUUGAGAAAAUACCCUUUGUUCAUUCAGUCCUAGUGUUUGUUUCAAUCAAACAUUUACCUGUCCCUCAUGUGGAAAACUCAGAGCGAUUCCUCUUCAGAAAAGUUCGGUCCAAAAACUCCAAGAUGUUUCGGUGCGUGGUGCGCUAUGGAUAUAGCGACACCCUACAAGGGUCUGAGGAAUUUGCUGCAUUACUUAGCGAGCAUCUGCAGCUAUAUGUUGAAGAGGAGCAGCAAAUGAUCACAAGCAUGAUGCCAAAUCAAGAAACCGAGGUUCUUCAGACAAGUUCCAUGGUACUGGAGAAUGACAAUGCAAGGCCAUCACAUAGAGCUGCAGUUGGUUCCACGGUGUAUGUCGAAGAGACACUGAGGCCUGGCGAGCCUACUGAGUUCACCCAGCCUUGCAUAAGCAAUCUAUCGGGCAGGAUUAGUGAAGAACAAUACCACAUUAUUGGGGAAGAAAAACAGUUCAUUCAAAGGGAGAUGCAAAAAGGAGUGGUCUACAUUCUUGGAGAAAUUGAAAUUAAGGCAAGACACAAUUCCUCAUUUAUUAAGAAGAUUGUUGUCAACUACGUGUACUCAUUCUUGAGGAAGAACUUCAGGCAAGGGGAGAAGGCUUUUGCAAUCCCAAGGCAGAAGGUGCUCAAGGUGGGAAUGGCAUAUGAAAUAUGAGCAAAAAAAUC